GCCGUGCCCGAGCAGUGAGGACAGCACCUGCGGACAUGGAUUUGGUCCUGGAGGACAUCGAGGACCAGAAGCUGGAGGCAGCAGCAGACCCGGCAGGGAGCCAGGCUGGGGGGGAGCCGGAGGCGGUGGUGGACCCGGCAGGGAGCCAGGCCGGGGGGGAGCCAGGGGCACCGGCAGCCCCCCCCGCCCAGGGGCCCCCCCGCGCCCAGGGCCGCUACCUGCAGCUGCUGCAGAAGGACAGCCUGGAGCGCGUCCUGAGCCUCAUCUGCGACGUGCUGGAGGGGGCCCCCGGCGCCCUCCGAGCCGCCCCCCGAGCCGCCGCCACCGCCGCGCCGGGCGAGCCGCCCCCGGAGCACCCGGAGCCCGCGGGAGGGACGGGGGAGCCCGGCGCCGCGCUGAGCCCGAGCCCGGGCUGCUCCCUGCUGUCGCGCUCGGAGUGCUCGGAGCUGCUGCUGGCCGCCAGCCCCUGCUGCACCGCCGAGGGCACCGGCGUCGGGCAGCAGGACCGGGCCGCCGACGCCGCGACGGAGCAGAGCCAGGCGCCCGCCGAGGAGCCCGCGGAGGAGCCCGCCGAGGCGGCCGGGGAGCCCAGGGAUGCCUGGAGGGGGAAGGGGGACCCCCAGCCCGGCGCGGCCCAGCACCAGCCGCCGCUCUGGCCGGAGCCCCUGGACGCCGGGGCCCUCCAGAAGCUGCAGGAGGAGGUGCUGCGGCAGCCCCUCUUCUCCCGGGCCAGGAAGCUCUUCGACUCGUGGCUCCGCUCUGACGACAGCGCCCAGGUGCCGGCUCCGGUGCCCGAGGACAUGCUCAAUGAGCUCGUCGUAGCAGCCCUCCACAAAGCAUCCAGGACCCCCCCGCCACCGCGGGCGCCCAGCACGCCCGAGCACCCGCGCCCCGCGCCGCCGGACCUGCCCCCCUCCUUCCUCCAGCGGGUGAUCCAGAAGCUCGGGCUGAAGAUGCCGGGGAGGAGGGAAGCGCAGAAGCCCUAAGGCGGCUGCCAGGGAGCUGCCACCACCU